AGACAGGCUACUUGGCAAGCAAUUCAUACAUUCAGUGUUUAACGAAACGCAUUCUAGAUAAGACGUGCGCCAGUGCAACAACUACAGCAGCUACAGCUACUCUUCACAAACAAUGCUGACAAUUCUAUUGAUACUGGGUGUGUCUGCCCUGUAUGUACUCAUCAAACGUCAUUACUCCAAAUGGCAGCGUUUGGGAUUGGCCACCGAUGAACCUGUGAUACCUUAUGGAUCUCUGACCAAAGUAUUUCGCAAAGAACGACACUUUGGCCUGAUCAUGGCAGACCUCUAUGAGAAAUUUGCAGCCGAUAAGGUAGUGGGCAUUUAUAUGUUCUUCAAACCCUCGCUAUUGGUGAGAGAUGCUGAACUGGUGCGCCAAAUUUUGACCUCGGAUUUCGGAAGUUUCCAUGAUCGCGGCAUAUAUGUGGAUGAAAAGAAUGAUCCUUUCUCAGCGAAUCUCUUCAAUUUGGAAGGGCAAUCAUGGCGUACAUUAAGAACUAAAUUGGCACCUUCAUUUUCUUCGGGGAAACUAAAGGCAAUGUUUGAGACUGUGGACGAAGUGGGUGAUAAGAUGAUCAAAUAUUUGGCCAAUACUCUGGAGGAUGGUCAAAGCCACAAUUUGAAUAUUAAAACAGUGAUGACAACCUAUGCCGUAGACAUCAUAGGAUCGGUUAUCUUUGGUUUGGAUGUGGACAGCUUCUCAAAUCCUGGCAAUGAAUUUCGCGAAUUGAGUGAUCGUUUGGUGGGCCAAGAAAAUGCUCCCACCAUACAGCGUUUGCGUAAUUUGAUGAAUUUUGUGUGUCCACCUGCAGCUAAAUUGUUAUCCCUUCUGGGGGUACAUGAUCCCGUCACCCAACGCCUUAGAGAUAUAAUCCAACAUACCAUUGAGUUUCGGGAAAAAAAUGGUGUUAUCCGCAAAGAUUUGCUACAGCUUUUCAUAGAGCUAAGAAAUACAGGCCAAAUUUCAGAAAAUGACAAAUGGCAAGCCACGAAAGCCAAAUCUGAACAUACAAAAGCUUACAUGUCCAUUGAUAUGAUAGCCGCAAAUUCAUUCCUAUUCUAUGUAGCGGGUUCAGAGACCACAGCUGCUACCAUAUCAUUUACACUCUAUGAAAUGGCCAUGUAUCCAGAAAUAUUGGCCAAAGCCCAAAAAGAGGUUGAUGAGAUACUGCAGAAGCAUGAUCUUAAGCCAGAUGGGCAAUUAACUUAUGAGGCCAUACAGGAUAUGAAAUAUUUGGAUUUGUGUGUUAAAGAAACUACCCGCAAAUAUCCCGCUUUGCCUUUCCUCAAUCGCAAAUGCACUCAAGAGUACCAAGUGCCUGAUUCGAACCUGACCAUAUCAAAGGGUACCGGAAUUAUUAUAUCCUUGUUGGCCAUGCACAGAGAUCCUCAAUAUUUUCCCAAACCCAUGGACUAUAAGCCGGAGCGUUAUGCCGAUGACUCUAAAGACUAUGAUCCUGUGGCUUAUAUGCCAUUUGGUGAAGGACCUAGACAUUGUAUAGCUCAACGCAUGGGUAUUCUCAACAGCAAAGCGGCCCUUGUGAAAAUGUUAGCAAAUUUCAACAUUGAAACAAUGCCACGCAAAGAAGUUGAGUUUAUGUUUCACACAGCCCCCGUUUUGGUGCCCAAAGAUGGUCUACACAUAACACUUUCGAAGAGACGAUAAACCUUAACGUCGAUGUUUACCUACAGAAAUUUAUAUAAUUGUGCAUACAUUCACUCAUCACUCAUCAUAGGUGUGAAAUGAUAACAUUAUGCUUGUCAUCAUUGUAGAUUUACUAAUAAAAAUGACUUAUAUCAAUCAAAACAA